AUGUCAGAGACAAGCGAACGUAAAGCUGAUCAAGGUUUUGAAAUGCAAAGUAAGUAAUCAUAAUAAACAUAAGCUCAUGGAUCGAUUUUUUUUGUAAGUUGCGUAUUUCUCUUUAAUCAAAUCGCAUACUAUCUUGAUUUUUCAUUUUGUAGCCGCAAUGAGUCAAUUUUUAAUCAUAAUAGUCUUUGAGUUAUUUUAAUGUGCGUUCAGUCUAAAUUCGGUAUUGAUCAUCAAUUUUGCUAAAUUCGAGUGGAUAUAUGCCUCCUGGUGUUCAUCUUCACUUUCAGACGAUUGAGAAUCAUGUCAAUUGAGAGAAAAAGAAAAAAAAUUUCAGUAAGAGAUAAAUAUCAUUCCAUUUUGGUUACUGAUUUUCGUUCCGUCUUCAUGAUAUGAAAUUAUGAAUCUAUUUCGUUUUAACAGAUGCAAAUGAUGAUCAUGUAAGCUACAACAAGCAGAGAAAAUGUGUCGAAGAUUAAAACCUCAUACUUGAAUUAAUUCACAGUAAAGCGAUGUUCACCUUUCAGCGAGGUGAAAGGCAGAAUCGCUCUAUUACUAACUUUUUUUCCCAAUAGUUGUGUGUAAACAACAAAUGACCUUUUCAGGCGCCCUGGCCAAUGGAAAGUUUUUACACCACACACAGUUUGAUUUCAUCGGGCCUUCAAGCGCAGAGGAGCUUUCGCAUCCGAAUCAUUAAACGGAAGGUUAUAAGUUGCAAUCCUGUUGUGAACAUUUAGGAAUUCCUCUAUCGCAAAUUUCUUGCGUCUUCUGCCAGAAACAUCUUUUCCAUGUUAACUACUGUUCAAGUAUAGCUUUGCUCUCUUAGUAACUAAUUUUUCUUUUCCAUAAUGAUAGCUGGUUCACAAUUUUUUAAAAUGUAAUUCCACACAUUUGAAAGAUUACAAUCAGUUCAAGUAUAUUUUGUUGUGCACAGGAAACGUUAUUGACCGCAGAGGGUCUGUGGUAACAGAGCGGCAGCUUUCAGACAUAAGUGAUGAUGUAGGUACUUGCUGGCGUGAGCUGGGACCAAAGCUUGAUAUCUCUGCAUCGAAAAUCAAAAACCUGGACGAGGAUUAUAAUUGUAGUCGCGACAAAGCAAACACUCUCCUUCUUGUGUGGAAACAAAGAGAAGGGAAUACUGCGGUGGCAGGGCGUCUCGCGGAUGCUUUAGAAAGCAUUGGACAAAAAAGCAUUGCAGAAAGGCUGUUCGGUAAGUAGGUUCUUUCUAUGCAAGAUUAUGUAAUGUCCUCUUUAGUGUACAUUAAUUGGUUACAGACUCAUUGGGCAGAUUUAUGACAUGCACUUGCAAUGUCACGUUGUCAGAUGCACGCAGUGGCAUGAUAUAUAUUUCCGCAUGCAAAUCAGAUUUUCUGCGAUUAGUGUACAGCGUUAGCUAUCGAAAUCGCGGUCCCCGGUGACACACCUAACGAUUUUAUACGCCAUUACGAAUCACCAGUAAAAUUAAUCAAUUAAGUUGGCGAUAUUAUCGCAUAACUUUUUAAAUAGGCGAAAGGCAUCGAAAAUUGCAAAAAAGCUCUUCACUGUUUAUGCAUUUAAUGGUAUUGUCAAAAUAAUUACAACAGCGCACAGUUUAAUUUAGUCGUAGUUUCAUUUUUUUUGACAGACCCUGAUAAGCAAGCCGUUCUUGCAGACUACUCUGAAAAAUACUACGCGUCAUAUUGUGACAGAGAUUCAAAACCUGAAGAGACACCUAAAGGAAGGAAACCUGGACUGUGGAGACGGAGACACGAGUGA